AUGAAUUCAACAUCAACAAAUUCCGCAGAGAUAAAUCAAAGAACAGAUCCUGGAAUAGUCGUUCUUUCUUUUUUUGUAUCAGUUUUAGGCGCCUGCACUGCUCUAGAACUACUGGGGAGACGUACCUCGCAUGUGGGUGCAAUGAAUUGGUUGCUGUUACUUGGUGCAGCUUUCUCGAUGGGCUCCGUCGGAAUAUGGGCAACCCAUUUUAUUAGCAUGAAGGCAUUGAUUCUUAAUGACGGAGAUCCGUUGAAGGAAAUUACAUAUGAUUCUGGUUUUACUAUUUUAUCACUUGUUCUUCCUAUUGUAGUCUCGUGUUUGGCUUUUUGUGCAAUAGGUUCACAACCAAAAUUAAAUCUUUGUCGAAUUUUAAUAGGCGGCACAAUCUUUGGCCUAAAUUUUGGAUUAAUGCAUUUCUGCGGUCAACUGGCGAUUAUUCCAUAUAACGUUCAAUAUAACAUUGGAUUAUUCAUUGCUGCUAUUGUCAUAGCAGUGGUUGCGUCAAAUGCUGGUCUAUACCUCUUUUUUGUUAUGAGGGCAAAAUGGCGAAGUGACUGGUACAAGCGAUUAGGAUGCGCGUCGAUUAUGGCAAUAGCAAUCACUGGAAUGCAUUACAUAACCUCUGCAGGAACUCAAUACUACUUAAAAGCCGAAGUGACAAUGCAGUCUGAAAUACCAACCAAUUUAAUUUUUGCAAUUAUUUCGAUGACUUCAAUUAUUUCGAUUGUUAUUCUUAUUAGCAUAACUUUUAUUGCACGAGCGGCUGAUCUAAAGACAAAACGCCAUGCUCAGAAAGUUGUGUUGGGAAUAGCAAUUUAUAAUGAAAAAGGCUCAAUCUUGGUGUCAAAUGAAGGAUUUAUUCCUUUCCGAAAAAUCACAAAUGAAUAUCGUCAACAAAAUUUGGAAGACGAAUUCACAAUCUCUCAUCCAAUUUUCCAAUGGCUUUAUCGUUUAACUCAUGACUGGAAAAGCCUCGAUCAAUGGUUACCCACAAUUGAUAGACACAUUGAAGCUAUCGAUAACCACGAGACAAACAUCGGCAAAGUGCCGUAUUCUAUACUUUUCCGUGAAAAAUUCAUAGUAAAUGCAAAGCUGCUCGCCGAAUCCUUAGAAAUUCCAUUAGACCAAUCAGGCAUUUUAUACGACAGUAUUCUGAAUACGGGAAACUUAGAAUACUCGCAACAAAUGUCAUAUGUAGCCUCGAAAAACUCUGAUAUUUCUUUUGAUCUCGAGAAAAAUAAGUUAAAUAAACAAAAUAUCGAAUUUUUGGGUAAAGGACAAAUGUUGUUUUUAGUUCAAAAGAUCGCAGAGAAUUCAGAAGAUCACUUUCAUAGAUUAGGAUAUCGAUUUGUUGAGCCUCAUCUUGUCGCUCCGUUAAUGGCCGCCAAUAUUCGAGUUGAUAAUGAUACUAUGUUUGAUUAUCUUGAUUCAAUGCGAAUAUAUGCUAAUGAUGGUCAGAAGCCACAGUUAGAAGUAGAUUCUGUGUAUACGGGCUUACUUGUUCUACAACCACGUGUUAAAGGACUUCAAGUGUUAGUUUCUACUAAUGCUCGUCAUCAAAUUCCGAUAGCGCGACUAUCAAGUUUCAAAAAAUUAAAGGAUACUGAAAAAAAUUAUAUAAAUCGUAUUUCGGGCGCAACUUUUCCGGAAAUUAACACGCGAUUAGGUCAAGAAUUUUCGAAGGAAACGAAUGGUGCGCUGUUCUCAAAUUUCGACGAUCUAAUACCACCGAGUUCUCCAAUUAGAGAAACUUCACUAUUAAGCCCUGAAGCUAGUCCAACAAAAGUCGCAUUUUCAUCAAGAGCGACUAGUACAAUAGUAUCUCGCGAAAGUUCAAUCGAUGAUCUAGCAAGGAAAAAGAACUUGACCUUCAUCGAUGAUUAUCUAUCGUUGCCCGAGUUAAAGAAUUUUAAUCUUGAAUUUUUGCAAUCUUUAAAUCAACUUAUUUCAAAAGUUGGCAAUAAGAAAACAUUCAAAAACGCUUUAUUAUUCCCACAAAUAUCUGAGAUCCGUAUUCCACAAACAGGAGGAAGCAUUGGCGAGUCAAAAGGCACCGCGGAAUUAAUCCUUUUUACACUUGUCUUAUCACAUGGGCAACGACCAAAUUUAUCUCCUGAUGUUACAUUCAUUCCUUAUCCAAUGUUUCACACUUAUCAAGACGUUGUUUAUCAAACAUCGAAAUAUAAACAACAAUCAUGGCGUCGAAAAGUGGGUGAAGAGGUAGGUGAGGUUGUAUAUAAAGCAUUACAUCGCAUUGAUCAAGUUGGUGCCAGAUCAAGACUCGACUCUUUAUCGACAAAUAAUGAUAAAACUCCUAUGAAUGGAUUGGAAUUCAUGGUGUUUGCGCAACAGGAAGUGGUCGAAGAAGUUAUUGUGAUGGAUGAAGUUAUUGUGAUGGAUGAAGUAUCAAGUCAAUUCUCAAAAGAAGAUGAUAGUGUAAAAGUCGAGGAAAUUUUAAGAAAAAAUUCAUCUGAAGAUGGAUUAGAAUCAAAUGAUCUAGAUAAUAAUGAAGAUGAUAAUAAUAGUACAUGUACUCAUAUUGAUGACGCCGAAUUGUCAAACUCAGAUGAGGACGAAGAUCAUCAAGAUUUGAGAAGAGCCUCAACUGGUUCAUUCAUUGACCCUAACCUCACCACCACAAUUUCCACAUGGAACGAAGAAAAAUGGUGGUUCGAAGAAGUCGUAAGAAAUAUUAACGGAAUUGAAUUCGAUUCACGAGAAGUGCUUGCAACAUUAAUUUAA